UUCGCCUCGUUAGCCUCGUUAGCCAUGUCUUCGUUAUCUAAUCCCUGUACGCCAUGAACUUGGGAGGAAAACUACAAAAUCGAGGGUCAGUAGUGCAGCUAUGUCGUUGCGACCGCUCGUAUCCUCGAAUGAUCUUAAACUUCACCGAGACGACACACCCGCCCUUAUGAAGCCUUCACCACAAAAGAACCUCUCCACGAACCAGUUGGAUGGAUCGGCCACUUCCUCCGACACAAGGCAUACCACCCCUGCCCACACCCCUUCGCCUGCUCCUCAGCGCCGACAUGUCAUUAUUCCUGAUCCCGUAGCUUUUAGAUAUCUAGAAGACGACUCCUGUGUCACCAUCGUCGAACGAAGAAAGGAACUCCAAGGUUACGAAUUAUACCUAGUCGAACAAUGGGCUUGCUCCCGGCAGUCCCCUACCCUUGUCAUCGUCACAUAUACAGGAGAUGAAAAGCAUGUCGUCGUCGUCGGUGUAUUGGCUGUCCCAGCCGAUGAAAAGGCUUGGUCCCCCAAGUUGCGCCUCUAUUUCAAAGCCAUCCAGCAGUACCAUGCCCGACCUAAGGAGACAAGCCUGGGAGAGCUGAUGGUGACCAACCUGAGUGGCUUUCCAUCAGCCUUGACUGUCAUACUAGUACCCGACGGCGACAUAAAGCAGCAUCGGAAGGAAUUUAUCGUCAAUGAGGAUCUAAAGAGACUGGGGUGUUCUGGCCGAUCUGGCAUGACUUUGUCCGAACCUACUGGGGCCGCCAAGGCCAAAUUCUAUCAGCUGUACAAAACUACCGACAAGAUUCCGUUUUCUGAUGCCGUCAUCGAGUUGGUCAAGAUGUGCCAAGUAGCUCUUUUACUAUUUGGAAAACUAGAGCAGGUCUAUAUCGACGGACUUCUAUGCGACAUGACCGAAACAGCCAUCGGGGAUUGGUGGACGGAGAUUGGGGCAGAAUACUACAAUAUAGAACCGACAGAUGGCAUAUUGGGUCCAACGACUGUUGUUGCCUUACUUGGAUUACUAAUGGGUGCUCGGAACAGGCUCAGCUAUUUCGGGGCACCGGUGCCUAAAGAUGUCUUCGACAUUGAUGCCAUAGAGCGCGGCAUCUCGAAUUUCCAGAAAUAUCAGAAGAUGGAAAGGAAUCGUCGAUUGGAUCGACAAACAAUGCAUAAGCUUCACACAGUAACUGCAAAAGCAGCUGCAGGCGACGUGUGGGGAGUACAGAAGGCUGUCAAAUCGACUGUGAGUGAAAUAGGUGGGAAACGUGGUGAGAUCGUUCUCGGGAUGGUUGGUGGACGCGACAAGGGAGGAAUCGGGGACAUCGAAACUCUGGAUCUUGACAAGUUCAUCAGCCUAGCCUCCGGAGGACGCGCGAAGUGGCUAUGGCUUGGAAAGCCUAAACGUUCAACUGCCGAUAAUCACGAGAAGCCCAUACCCGAUAUGAACAAUAUUCUGUUCGGCAAAGAAGAUACGUCCAGCCAAGCCAAGAGGACACACUCAGCGCCUAUAGAAGACGAAGCACGAGAGGAUAACUCAGGUGUCUAUUCUACCACUGCGCCUGGAUCUGCGGUUAGUGUAGCAGACAGUCCAGGGGAGAAGGAUGCCGUUCGGCGUGGCGUAUUCAAAAGCGUUGCUCGAGAUGCUCGCUCAGGUUUGGGGCGAAUAAAAGAUGCGAUGUACAGUGGAGGCGGUCUACGAGGCCAUGCUAGCCGGCCAUCGAAGGACGAGUCAUCGGAAACCACAGUGUCUGGGCCGCGGUAUUCUUCUCUAACAGAUUCCUCGGCAGGGAUUGUAGCAACCCCAAGUCCUGCCCCAGGUCAGAUUGGUAGGGCGUUCACCUGGAAGAACAAACCUGAAGAAUAUUCCAAUGGCCUGAGGAGAGAUAAAGGGAUCGAAUCUGCGCCUGCCUCUGUAAAUUUGUUGGAAUCCGAGAGCACACUCCCGAAGGAAUCUCGAUUAUCACGUCAUCUGAACGGGGAUAUCCGAAAGGCACCCAACGGUGAGAUAAAGCCUGUAUCCAACGCUACCGAAAUGCGAAACGAAGUCACUGCGAUGGUAGAAUCUUCGGUAGCGGAUUCGAUUGUGGCAGAGAGCGAUCUACAAGGGCCGUUCUUCGAGGCAGAACAACAUUUUAGCACUGUCUUGUCCAGUUUGUCUAGACGGCAUAGCAUUGGGGUUUCACGGCCCCCGGAGCGCUCCUCUCCGAAUGAAGCUCGGUGGGCUAGAAGGCUAUCUUUUGGGGAUGCCGAAGAAGCAGUUCUUCGAUGGGAGGAGGUAACCGAUCUUAGCCAGGAUGAAGAACUAGACAGCAUGGCAACAACAGACAAACACACUUACCUUACAGAGCUAGCAAGGAGCCUGUAUGUGAAUAUCCUGGAUGUUAAGCAGGGUAUUGAACCAUGGGUCGACACAAAGAUUAGAUCAAUCGAAGAGCUCGACGACCACUACGCACAGCAACAAGAGGAGUUGCAACAACUUUAUUACCAACGGACCGAAGCAUACAAGAGGGCCAAGGAACACUCGCAGGAGACGAUGGGGCAGCAAAGUGGACAAAUUAGGGAAGCACUUAAGGAAGUGGAAAUCCAGGCAGCCAAGCUGGAAUACGAGAUUAGCGCUCUCGUCUCCCGGGUCCAAGAUGUCGAAGACGGAGUGUCACAAUUCGAGAUACAGGUAGAUGACGUCGAACGGAGAGCCGACGAGCUGAAGGUGCAGCUGGAGACGGAGAGCUGGCUGCAUUGGGCCGUACGGACUCUGACAGGCAUUGGGACAGGUCCCAAUAUCACGAGGCCACGACGGCAACAGCAAUAGCAAGCAGUAAUGAUUGUACUUGUUCGUUUACCUUUCUUCUCUUGUUUGACCCGACGUACAGCAUAUCCAUUUUUAUCUUCUUCUUUCUUUCUAAUUUGUCUCUUCUUUUCCCCCCUCAGUUU